CCCGCCCCCAACUUUGGAAACGCCAACAGCGCCAAACUUUGGGUUCCCCAAAGGGAAAAUGAUGAGCGGCGAAAAGGAGCCGCAGUGGAUGAAAGUUCAUUCCGUUACAGGGGUGAUACCACGGUCCAGGCAUGGACACCGUGCAGUCGCAAUCCGGGAGCUCAUCAUUGUUUUCGGUGGUGGAAACGAAGGGAUAGCGGAGGACCUCCAUGUUUACAACACUGUCUCAAAGCAGUGGUUCCUGCCUGCGGUUAGGGGUGAUAUACCGCCCGGCUGUGCUGCCCAUGGCUUUGUCUGCGAAGGUACCCGAAUACUGGUCUUUGGUGGAAUGGUUGAGUUUGGGAAAUACACCAACAGCCUCUAUGAACUUCAGGCUAGUCGGUGGCUGUGGAAGAAGCUGAAGCCAAGGGCACCCAGAAAUGGCUCCCCGCCGUGCCCUCGUAUUGGACACAGCCUCACUCUUGUGGGUAAUAAAUGUUACCUGUUUGGAGGGCUGGCCAAUGAUAGUGAAGACCCCAACGGCAAUGUACCAAGGUACUUGGGAGACUUCUAUGAGUUGGAACUGCAGUCAGUGUCAGGGGCCAGAGGCUGGAACAUACCGGAGACAAAGGGCCGUGCUCCCUCUGCACGGGAGUCCCAUACAUCAGUUGCUUACACUGGCCUUGGUUCCCCGAAGCUCUACAUCUUUGGAGGGAUGCAAGGAAGUCGGCUAGAUGACCUCUGGCAGCUUGAUCUUGAUACAAUGGUUUGGUCAGUGCCGGAAACAAAAGGUUCCACACCACUUCCCAGAAGUCUUCAUUCAGCCAAUGUCAUCGGAAACAUGAUGUAUGUUUUUGGAGGUUGGAUUCCUGCUCCGGAGUCAGAGACACACAUUGCUUUAGGAACCGAAUGGAUCUGUACUAACUCCUUGAGUGUUCUCAGCUUAGACACUAUGAGCUGGCAGAACCUUGGCCCAGAGCAGCAGGAUGAUGAUCUAGAGUCCCAGCUGCAGAGCCAGGGACCACAGAUCGAUGAUCCAUAUGCCUGCAGGCCCAGACCCAGGGCCGGCCACUGCGCCACUAGUGUCGGCUCCAGGCUUUACAUUUGGAGCGGCCGUGAUGGAUUCCGCAAAAGCUGGAACUACCAAGUGUGCUGCAAAGACUUCUGGUACCUGGAGACAGAUCGACCAGCAACCCCAGAGCCAGUGUUACUCAUCAAAUCCACUGUCAGCAUGCUCCACGUGGCAUGGCGCCCCCUGGCUGCAGCAGACUGCUACAUCCUCCAGAUCCAGCCUGUGACCCCCCCCAGCACUGCAGUCAGUGGUUCACUCCCCAAACCAGCUGAUCCAACAGGAGAAGAUGGUCAGAAUGGAAAGGAAAAACAAUCUGCCGAAGCCACAAACCGAGACGAGAAAGCAGCUCAGGGUGCUUUGGUGCAACAGGACACUAAAGUAAAACCUUCAAAUGGCUCAGCAGACACCCAAGCACAGGGUGGGAGGACUGAUGGGAGAAACCUGGGAGCGGACUCUGACCUAAAGCGCUGCACUGCUGGACAGGAGACAUCAGCAGCAGAGCUCAGCAGCUCAGCUCAGCUCCAGCCAGACAAACAGCCUGUUUCAGCAGCCAAGACAACCGAUUUAUAUGCCCACACAGAUCAGGUUCAGCAGAAUCCAGACAGCGCUGUGUGGUUUGAUGUUGGUGUGUUCAAAACUCUCUUCUCUGAGGUCUGCCACUACUAUCUACCUGCUGAUGGUGACCAGGUGACAUCAGCCAUCAACAGCUGGGAAACAAACACUAAAGAGCGGAAGCUGCCAGGGACUCAGGACUAUCAGGGGAGGGAGAAGCAGGUGCUGGCUACAGGUCAGACAUACAGGUUCAGAGUUGCAGGCAUCAACUGCUUCGGACAGGGAGAUUUCAGCCCAGUCAGCGAGUUCAAAACCUGCCAGCCUGGCUUCCCUGGAGCCCCCUCUGCUGUCAGGAUUGCCAAGGCCACUGAUUCAGUCCACAUCACAUGGGAGGCUCCCUCAUCUCCAUCAGGCCGGAUCCUGGAGUAUUCCAUGUACAUGGCAGUGAGGAAGAGCCGCUCAUCCACUGCGGAUCGGCCGGGUCAGAUGGCGUUCAUCCGGAUAUACCGCGGCACCAAGACGUCCUGCUCGGUCAGUUCCACCCACCUGGACAACGCACACAUCGACAGCUCUGCCUCCAACCGACCGGCUGUCGUCUUCCGCAUUGCGGCAAAGAACGAGCAAGGCUAUGGCCCAGCCACGCAGAUCCGCUGGAUUCAAGAUCCGAGUAAACUGCGAGCAUCAGGAUCCAGAGCAGACAACAGUGCUGAGGCUGACCAUGAUGCUGCUGACAGCUCCAGCUGAAAAUGUUUUGGGGAAAGGGGCUGUUCACUCAGGAAGCUGACAAAUCUUGGACAUUUCCUGGUAGUUUUGUUAAUUUAUUUUUAAUGUAUUUAAUUUUUACCAUGUAAAUAGUCACAUUUUCACAGGCUGUUCAGCCACUGGGCUAAUUUAGUUAAGUGUUUUGGUAAGCAAUGAUAAAUAAUAUGAUGUACAACACACUGCAAGUAUUUUAUUUUUUUUAAAAAUGUCUUCAGUACACACGAAGACACUUUAGUGUGUACUGAACAGCCACUGAUGAUUUAAGAGAAGGAAACACAAGUGGUCCUUUCAGAGUCCUCCUGAUACAAGGUUAUGAAGUACUAAUAAAGUCAUUCAUGUAUGUUUGUAUCGUACUCAGCCAUGUGGUACUGCAAACGUUGGCAUUACAUGUCUGCAUCACCUUUGUUUUCUUUUUUUGUUCUCAUGAUUGUCAUUACAUCAUCUAUCUCACUGUAAUGUAUCUGAUUAGCAGGUUCAAAACUAAUGUACUCCUAAACUAUUUCUGACAAAUGAGCUGAGCACAGCUUCACUUUUUGAUGUGAAAGAUUGAUUUCAGUAUACUUUCAUAGCCACAGAUAACUCGUGUUGGGCGAAUCAUAUUAGUUCCCUUUAGCAGGUGCAUUAAACCUGCCACACUUCUUACUUUCGUGUUACAGAAGAACCAUAUAGAUUUUCAUCAAUCAGCCCUCAGAGUUUACUUUGAGUAAAUUGUGUUGCCUAAAUUUCAGAUUUCAGUCAGUCUGGACACAAGUUUGCUUCCUUAUAAGUCAGCAGCAAACAACAUGAGCCUUUAAUGGUUCUAAAGAGUACAUUCACGCCACUACACAGACCUCAUUUCUCUACAAGCCACAGACAGUUAUUUUAGAUGCUGGCUGAAAUUCUAAUUGGGGACAAAUAUAAUGGUAAACAGGAAACAUUUUGCACUUUUAAAGGUGUAACCAGAGAGUGCACUGAGUAUCUAAUGACAAUCAUUAGCAGCAGUGUAGUGUAUAGGGUGUAAAGGAAGACACUCAGGACACGAUGACCUGCUGUACGCUGCUGUAAAUACUGUGUGUGGGCCAGUGGAGAUGUGUCUCAGCGUGUCCAACUGUGGACUAGGACGAUGAACUUUUACUGCUUAUUCUGGGACCUAAUUGCAGUCAUGUGCAGGCUGGUCUGUAAGGCUUUGCCUGGUUUGCACAUACACAGGUGGUGAAGUAAGUAAUGUGUUGUAUGUGUGUAUAACUCAGCAGUGUUUACACAUCUGCAAUAAGAAAUAUGUUGUCAAAUAUGUGGUUGGGAUUUGCAUUAAAAUAUG